UCGGAGCAGAUUUGAAGGAAACCAACAACUACGAGCUUCAGUUGCGUGCGCGGAGAAAACAGGUGAUAAAUAUCGAGCUGCAAUUUAUUGCGAGAUUAAUAAAACAACAACUAGAAGACAGAAGGAUGCAGAAACGACCGAAGAAAUGCAUCUCGCACAUGGACGAGUACCUGGCCAGCCGGGCGCUCUUCAGGAAGACGAUGGCGCGAGACGCGUCCAGUCUGUUCCGGGCCGUGUCCGAGCAGCUGUACCACUCUCAGAGCUAUCACCAGAAGAUCCGGCAGGACUGUGCCAACUUCAUGAUAGCCAACAGGUGCAAGUUUGAGCCGUUUGUUGAAGGGUCAUUUGACAAGUACCUGGAGCGUCUGGAGGACCCCAAGGAGAUGGUGGGCCAGCUGGAGAUCAAAGCUCUGUCUCUGCUGUACAGGCUCCGCUUCGUGAUCUAUCUUUACCCGGGGCAACCACCCAAUGUGAUCACAGAGGAUGGCUUCACUGACAAGGUGAUGCUGUGUUGCUCCAACACCGGCCACUACGACAUCGUGUACCCCAGGAGCUACCUGACGUCCGCGGCGAUCUGCCAGUCUAUCUUGUACGAGCUGCUGUACACACGUGUGUUUGGCGUGGACGAGGCCGAGCUCCACCAGGCCAUGGAUGCCUUCCAGGAUCGUCGCUAUAGAAACAGACUGUCAGCAAUCAGCCAUGGGGACAUGAGCUACGAGCUGCCUGAGGACCGCAGCCACAAGGAGGAGGCGGAGGCGGGCGGAGCAGGAGCCGCUGCCGAGGACAAGGCCAGAGCCGGGACCGACGACAGCAAGCCCCCUGCAGAGCCCUCCUCCUCCACACUGAUUCUGCCUUACAAAGUGCUGAAGUCUCUGGACACCAUUCUGUACCGAAACGUGGAGUUUGACGUCUGGCUCGACUCCUGCAGAGAACGUCAGUACUUUUGCAAUCUCUGCUGCCUGAAGACAGACUACAUGGAGUUUGCAGCCAGGGAGUACUUCGUGGGAGACCAGUGUCAGGUGCGUCUGGAGCCCAAGGGGAAGUACUACAAGGCUUUCAUCCAGGAUGUAGGAACGCUGGCUGUCACAGUUUUCAUAGAGGAGCUGGGAGAGAAACAUUUUGUUCCUCUCACCAACGUGAAGCCGACUGGGAGUCUCAUGGCCAGCGUCGUCAUCGCCACUGUUACUUCAGGAAGGCUCAAGGCGGCGGGGGGCUGUUGCCCCUGCCCUCAUCUUACGUCCAAGCCGCCCUGCCCCCCCUCUUCCAGCCGGCCGGUCCUCCUCUCCCCUCCCCCCAGUGUCAGUGGUGCCACCAGAGCUGCUGGCAGCAGGCCUACGCACCCCCCUCACCUGAGGCGCCCUACACCUACCAGGCCUACCCCCACUACCACGCCCCCCCCCACCCAGGAUGCAUCGCUCCACGAUCCAGGUUUCCAGAGUCCUGUGGUGUCCACUGCUGCAGAGCCUGUCACCAGUCUGGCUGUUGAGGAAGGUGGUGCUGCUGAGUCACCAACAGACGGCCAGCAGGGCCAGGCUGUGGCUCCUCCUCCCAAGCUGGGAGCCCCUCCGCCUCCUCCCCCUGCCUCCUCCUAUUGGGUCCAGCGAGGUCCCGGGCCCCUCCCCCCCACCAGCACAGUGGAGGACCAGACUGAUUACUCAGAGUUCUACAUCUACAAAGCUCAGGAUCCAGGUUUCCAGAGUCCUGUGGUGUCCACUGCUGCAGAGCCUGUCACCAGUCUGGCUGUUGAGGAAGGUGGUGCUGCUGAGUCACCAACAGACGGCCAGCAGGGCCAGGCUGUGGCUCCUCCUCCCAAGCUGGGAGCCCCUCCGCCUCCUCCCCCUGCCUCCUCCUAUUGGGUCCAGCGAGGUCCCGGGCCCCUCCCCCCCACCAGCACAGUGGAGGACCAGACUGAUUACUCAGAGUUCUACAUCUACAAAGCUCAGGAUCCAGGUUUCCAGAGUCCUGUGGUGUCCACUGCUGCAGAGCCUGUCACCAGUCUGGUGGUCAAGCCGUCAGCCGUCAUCUGCUUUUGUCCCUCCUCUUCCUCCUUCUCACCCUCCUCCUCCUCAUCUCACACUCCUCUGGCCUCACACCUCCCAGUGCCAGCACACAGCCAGCCACGCACAGUUGCCAUGGCGAUGCCAGCCACGCCUCCCUGGUUGGUUAAUGAGUUGGGCGAGCCUCUGUGCACCGUGGUGGCUCCGCCCUCUUACUCCUACCACCCCAACGGCAGCGACUUACCCGGAGGCCCCGCCCUCUCCCUGGAAGUCUCCUCCCCCACCUCCUCCUCCAUCAGUCGUGUGCCUACAGGCUCCGCCCCCCCGCCACUCCUCUACCCGGGGCAGCCCUUCCCCCCUCCUCCCUCUGGCCUGCCCCUCCCAUAUGAAGCCCCGCGUCCCCCCUACCUCCCUGCCCCCUCUCCUCUUCCUCCUCCUCCUCCUCACCCCCACUUCCCCCAUCACUCCUCCUACCACACUUACCUCCCCCCUGCCCAAUGGGGGGCGUUCCCACCUGGAGGCCCUGCCCACGGGACCCACCCACGGGUCUACCAGCCCGCCACUAACCCCACCCACAUGGUUGGUUACAUCACAGCCCCGCCCCCUCACCACUCAGCCACUCACUACCUUCCACCGAGCAUGUGACCCUGCUAGCAUGUGCAGAAACAUGCUAACGCUGUUAUUUAGCUGUCAGCCAAUCAGAGAGGGGGCUGGGCUGUGCAGGCGUGGCCUAAUCCUGUGUUUGUUCAUGGAAAAUAUUUCUGUUCAGUAUUCAAACGGGUGAU